AGGCGAGGAGCAUCUUUAUUAUAGAAGUCAUUUACAGGCAAAGAGGAGGCAGGAGAUCCACAGGAGUGCAGGAGUUACCUCUCCUCUUCUUCUUCUUCUUCUUCUACUUCUUCUAUUUCUUCUUUUUUUUUUUUUUUAAUAAUCUGACGCCACCUGCGAUCCCCGAUUCACGAACGACUUUUCAUCCAAACCGACUGCGUCUGGCAGGUUUUGUUUGUGUUUCCUCUCUGAGGCGUUCCUUUAUAGAAAACUACCAAAACGGACCCGAACGACGAAGACGGACAACGACCCUCACUCACUUCUGCAAUCAUGAUGUCGAUGAACAGCAAACAGCCUUUCAGUAUGCACCCCAUCCUCCACGAGCCCAAAUACACUCCUCUGCACUCCAGCUCGGAGGCCAUCCGCAGGGCCUGUCUGCCCACACCGUCGCUUCAGGGCAACAUCUUCGCCGGCUUCGAUGAGACGCUGCUGCAGAGAGCCGAGGCUCUGGCCGCUGUGGACAUCGUGGCCCAGAAGAGCCACCCGUUCAAGCCAGACGCGACCUACCACACCAUGACCACCAUGACCAGUAUGACCUGCACCCCGACCUCCUCCUCCGCGCACCUGCACCACCCGUCGGUGCUCACCUCCCACCACCACCCGGGGCACCACCAGCCGUCGCAGGGUCUGGAGGGCGACCUGCUGGACCACCUCACACCGGGCAUCUCCUUGGGAGGCAUGCCCGGCUCGGACGUCUGCUCCACGGCCUCGCACACCGCCCACGCCGCCCACAUGUCUGCCAUCAACCACAUGCAGCACCACCACCAUCAGCAGUCCAUGAACAUGCACCCACACGGGCUGGGGUCCCACAGCUCCUUAGGGACCGGCGGCGGAGACGCGGAGCCGGAUCCCCGGGAGCUGGAGUCGUUCGCCGAGAGAUUCAAACAAAGGCGGAUCAAACUCGGAGUGACCCAGGCGGACGUGGGCGCGGCCCUGGCCAACCUUAAGAUCCCCGGGGUCGGAUGUCUGAGCCAGAGUACCAUCUGCAGGUUCGAGUCCCUGACCCUGUCACACAACAACAUGGUGGCCCUGAAGCCGAUCCUGGAGGCCUGGCUGGAGGAGGCGGAGCGGGCGCAGAGGGAGAAGAUGUCCAAGCCAGAGAUCUUCAACGGGGGCGACAAGAAGAGGAAACGCACGUCUAUCGCGGCCCCGGAGAAGCGCUCCCUGGAGGCUUAUUUCGCCGUGCAGCCGAGGCCCUCGUCGGAGAAGAUCGCCGCGAUCGCCGAGAAAUUGGACCUGAAAAAGAACGUGGUCCGGGUUUGGUUUUGCAAUCAGAGGCAAAAGCAGAAACGGAUGAAGUUUUCAGCGACUCACUAAGACCAGCAGGGGGGGGGGGGACCAGCGGGUCUCUGCCCCGUUAACACAAAGACAAAUCAGAGACAAGCUGCUGCUGCACACUGUCAGAAAAACAAGGUACACCGUUGUGCCUUUUGUUACUGUGGCCCGACCUGUCUGACUCAGACAGGGGCCCAUAGGUGCGCACUUAAAAAAAUAUUAUAUCCAUCUUAACAAGUCAUUUAAUCUCUUAUCGAGUCUUAAAGUAGAGUUUGGUUUUUAUUUUCCCUCAAGAUAAAAGUUUCUGCAGCCAGCAUCACCUCAUCGGCUGAAUUCGUUAUUUACUGAAGAGAAAAAAACAUCUACAUUUCAUGACUGAUGAUGGACUAAAUGUCUUGUUAAGAGUCCUUGCAGUGUUGUCCACCUUGUAAAGGAGCAGCAUUCACAGCCGUAUUUUUUUGCACCAGUGCCUGAAUUCCAGUUGUGGAAAUGAUUUCACAGAAAGUAUUUGAAACACAGGCUGCAACUUAUUUUUUUUUUGUUUGUUUUUUUUUUUUCGCUUUUGAAGCAGAUGCAAAGAAAAACCUGCCUCUGGGGGUGUUUCACUUGUAUUUUACAGACACUGAUAGUUCUGGAUGUGGGACACCUGAUGACCAUCUUCACUCAGUAUAAACCGGAACUCUUUUUGUUUUUUAUUUUAAACCGUGUGGGGAAAAGUUCAGCCUCACAAAAACACAACAACUGGAUUCAACGGUGUACCUUUAUUUUUAUUCUGACAGUGGAGACCGGAAGCACCGGGACUGGGAGAAAGACUGACACCCUGUCCAAAAGGAAAAGAAAAAGAAAAAAAAAAGACUCAAGACUCAAAUCUCUCUGCUUCUCCACAGUUAGGCCGACGAUCUCUGAGAUAUGACGGGAGACAGUGAUCAACCAUCGCGGGCAGGAAAAGAGGGGGAACGAUGCCCCGUCCCAUUCAUUCAUAUGGCAAUUAUUGUACAAAAAAAAUAAGAAUAAUAAUGACGGGAAUCGAGGAAUAAUUGUUAUUAUCCUCCUUAGUUGGAAUAGCUUUUUUUAUAUUUAUCAUUGUACAUAUUUGUGAAUAUGUUGCACCUCCGUGUGUGGAAAAAGCUCAUUGAAAUGUAUUGAAUUCUCGCUGUCUUUCCUCCCAGGUGUUUGUUUCUGUAGGGAAAUGGAUGUUGUUUUUUGUUUGUUUGUUUGUUUUUUUUUAAUGGGGGGGGGGGGGGGCAGGAUCGGACCACAUGUCUGUCUGUGGCGAAUAUAUGAGGCACAAUAACUCUACUGUAAUCCAUUGCAUGGUUUACUCGUAAGGGGAGGGGGAGGUGGAGGGUGGGGGAGAGAGAGAGAGAGGGGUGUUUUCUGUGCGUCUCAUCCAAAAAUAUCAAACUUACCAUCCUCCCUCCCUCCACCCCCCACCCCCCCUCCACCCCCCCCUUCCCUCGAAGUGAAUGCAUUGCAAUAAGAAGAAACACGAACACACGCACGAAUACACACAUUCACACGGUAUAUAGCUGUGUGUCUACCUCAUUACGCAAGUGUUGGCACGUUCAUGGUGAUUUUAAAAACACACGCUAAAAAAAAGAAAGAAAAAAAAGAGGAGUAGGUCAUGUUUUUUUUUUUUG